AUGGCCGUACAAUCGGACUCCGGAGGGAAGGACGACGUGAAGACACAGUUCGUGACACGAGAAGGCACAUAUAGGUUGAUGACGCUCUCCGAAUACUCGAGACCGAACCGAGUUGGAUACACAAGCGGCUCAGGCUCAACUCAUGUGCGCGUGUCAUUGGUUUCACUACCGCCGGGGCCGGGGGACGGUGCACCCGGCUCUGAUGGACAAAGUUCCGACGACAGGAUAUGUUUCAAUCAUGGAAAGGAACUCUAUGUUUAUGUUUACAGAGGUGUUAAAAAGGCGGCCGAUCUCACAAAACCCGUGGACAAGAAAAUGUACAAAGGCACAAACCCCACCUGCCACGAUUUUAAUACAGUCACGAUGACACCUGAUAGUGUAUCCUUAGUUAUAGGCUUUUCCACCGGACAAAUACAGCUUAUAGACCCAAUUAAGAAGGAAUUAAGUAAAUUAUAUAAUGAAGAGAGGCUGAUAGACAAAACGCGCGUUACUUGCAUCAAGUGGGUGCCGGGGUCUAGUAAUCUCUUCAUAGCAGCACAUGCGUCCGGCCAACUGUAUGUAUACAAUGAGGAGUUAACCUGUGGGACGGCCACACCACACUACCAGCUGUUCAAACAAGGAGAUGGCUACUCAAUACACACAUGUAGAACCAAAUCUACCAGGAACCCACUGUAUAGGUGGGUUAUAGGCGUUGAAGGCAGCUGUAUAAAUGAAUUUUCAUUCUCACCCUGUGGUACCAACUUAGCUGUAGUUUCCCAGGACGGUUUCCUAAGGGUGUUCCAUUACGAUACGAUGGAACUGAUCGGCAGAGCGCGGUCGUAUUUUGGUGGAUUCCUGUGUGUGUGCUGGUCACCUGAUGGAAAGUAUGUGGUGGUUGGUGGAGAGGACGAUCUGGUUACCGUCUGGUCGUUCAGCGAAAGGAGGGUAGUGGCCCGAGGACAGGGUCAUAGAUCGUGGGUCUCUGUGGUCGCAUUCGACCCGUAUGUGGUCAGUUUUAGCGAAGCUGACAAUGAGGAUGUUGCAGAAGAAGACAAGAAAAGUGAAAGUGUGCAGUGUUAUAGGUUAGGCAGUGUUUCACAGGACACACAGUUGUGCUUUUGGGACUUGACUGAAGAUGUUUUAAGGCCACCAGUUAGAGCGAGAGCGUCCGCUCAUCUAUCUCCAAACAGUCAGCACUUUUCCCCUAAUGGGGUACCUGGAGGAAAGAUUCCAGCAAAAUGCCCCAAAACAAACAAGAUAGGGCACAAGCACGCAGAGCUCAGUGGCCAGAAUAACGCAUCAGGAGAACCGUCUGGAGCGAAACCCGCCGCCAAGACGAAAGCUAACAACAUUUCAACGUUAAACAUCAGCGUUGGUAAAGCAAAAGAAGAGAAUACUGGAUCCCUUGGUGCUAACUUCACACAACGCUUAGCGGGCUUUUCGUUUGGUGAGAGGAGAUCCGACCACAGACGGAACUUCAGCCUGACGAAGCCCACUGAAAAAGCAUCCGCCACUAACACGGUAGCACUGAGAGGCAAGUCAGCAGGAACGACGAGCGACUCCUACGACCCAUUGAAGCUAAUAGGGACGCCUUCGUGUCCUCGAUUUGACGAGUGUCCUGUCCUUGAACCGUUGGUGUGCAAGAAGAUAGCACAUGAGAGACUGACCGCUCUUUUGUUUAGAGCGGAGUACUUUGUGACGGCUUGUGCAGACGGUUGUGUGAAUACUUGGGCGAGACCUACUCGAACACAUAAUGGGGACGCGCGGCCACGACGUUGCGACCGUAUCGACCUCGUCGACUAA